AUGAAUGCCUUGCCCAAGCAAAAGCGGAAGCUCUGGCGUGGCCUCUCCGUGGACCUGCACAGCAACCCUCAGUACAAAGUGGGUGGCACCGUGGUUUGGUGGGGCAUUUCCAGCUGUACCUCAGACCAGAAUGUCGCAAAGAACUUCGCCAAAGGAUGCGGAGGAAAGUGUACUGUCAUCACGGUGGAGUCGAAGACCGCAUCCGACAUCUCCCAGGUGACUUUCUACAGCAAUGAGAAGGAGAGCUUACUCAGCCCUGGUACGGAGCUGAAAGUGAAGAGCAACAA